GAGCGGGAGAAUAAAAAUGAAUCCAUAUAGGGCGAGCCUGGGAAAGGUCAUUCUCCAAAAAAAUGCGGACCAGAAUUGCACAUCUUUCGUUAUUCCCUCGAAGUUUAUGAUGCCGCAAGGGAGAUAUGUGCCCAGGUGUGAUUAAUAAAAGUCCAUUGUUCGCAUACACUCUGGUGUGUGUUAGACCUUUGCCCAGGAAUCUUCGGUAUUCAAGAGCGGGGGAGGAGAAGAAAAGACUGCUAAGGGUCAUAUCAUGUAUCCUGAGGCUUUCCUUCCGAAUGAAAUCCUUGGAGGACCUGUAUUUGCGUAACGCUUUCCUCAUUUUUUUCUUUUUACCCUUUCGAUGCUUCUCAAGAUACUUACGUGUCGUUGUUGAUUCGCGUAUAAUUUCUCAAAAAACGGUCGUUUUAAUACACUUAAUCAAUUGUCUUGUGUAUGAUGGUAUUGUUCUUACACUGAGAUAA